GGAGGCCUGGCCCUUGCUGCACCCUGCCCCCCAGCCUCCUGGAGGCCUCUUUGGAACUCCUGGCUUUCUUGAGGGAACAGGGAGCUUCGGAAGGACGCUCCUUGAGGGCCGGGGCUGGGGGUGUCUGUGCUGCAGGGGCGGGGCGGGGCUCCUGGCCUGGAAGGGAAAGGCGCUUUUCCAGGCCUCUUGGGCCAGAGCCAGAGGGGCAAAGCAGUACAAGGCCAGCGUCAGAAACCUCCCUGGCGGGGCCGGGCCCCCCCAUUCCUGGCAUGCAGCCCCAAUCCUGAGGCCUGGCUGCCAGCUUCCGCCCCCUGGGCUGGCAAAGAAGGCCAACAGUUGGCUGCUCAGGCUGGGAGCUGACCAGGCACGCUGUCAGGAUGAUGGGGCCCCUUAGGGGCCUCACAUUGGAGGGCUAGGAGCACUGCCGCUCAUCUGACCCCGGCAGGCUACUUGGCAUAGCCACCAGCGCUGGGUGGCAUGGGCUCAGGUCACCUUCUCUCCACCGGACACGGGCCUGGUCAGCUGGGUGCCCGCAGGCCCGCCCUUGCCUGAGCAUCAGUGGUUGGAGAGGUGUCCUCAGCAGGGCUGGGGACAGGCUACUGGUUAAAUUUAGAGUGUGGGGUGGUGCCGCUGCCCAACUUCCACUUGCCAUCACAGCUGCCACUUCAGUCCUGCUGCCAGGGGGCGGGCGGGGGCUGGCUCUGCCUGGGCCGGGCCCAUAUUAACCUGUGCUCAGGCCUGGGCGGCCUGGGGGCCUGAGGUGGAGCUGAGCAGAGCGGAGCAGGAGGUGCAAGGGUCAUGGCCUUGAGGGCAGGUGGCCACAGCCAGGCUGCCAUGAACGGGCUGAAGGAGAAGGUGCUAACGCUGGACUCCAUGAACCCCUGCGUUCAGAGGGUGGAGUACGCGGUGCGCGGCCCCAUCGUGCUACGCGCCCUGGAGCUGGAGCAGGAACUGCGCCAGGGGGUAAAGAAGCCCUUCACUGAGGUCAUCCGAGCCAACAUCGGGGAUGCCCAGGCCAUGGGGCAGAAGCCUAUCACCUUCCUGCGGCAGGUCCUGGCCCUCUGCAUCCACCCUGAUCUCCUGAACAGUGCUGACUUCCCGGAGGAUGCCAAGAGAAGAGCACAGCGCAUCCUGCAGGCGUGCGGGGGCCACAGCCUGGGGGCCUACAGCAUCAGCCCUGGCAUCCAGAUGAUCCGCGAGGAUGUGGCUCGGUACAUCGAGCGGCGCGACGGAGGCAUUCCCGCAGACCCCAAUAACAUCUUCCUGUCCACGGGGGCCAGCGACGCCAUCGUGACCGUGCUCAAGUUGCUAGUGUUCGGCGAGGGUCGCACGCGCACGGGCGUGCUCAUCCCCAUCCCUCAGUAUCCACUCUACUCCGCCGCGCUGGCCGAGCUCAACGCCGUGCAGGUGGACUACUACCUGGACGAGGAGCGCGCCUGGGCGCUCGACGUGGCCGAGCUGCGGCGCGCGCUGCGCCAGGCGCGUGACCACUGCCGUCCCCGCGCGCUCUGCGUGAUCAACCCCGGCAACCCCACCGGGCAGGUGCAGACUCGCGAGUGCAUCGAGGCCGUGAUCCGCUUCGCCUAUGAGGAGGGGCUCUUCCUGCUGGCCGAUGAGGUGUACCAGGACAACGUGUACGCCGAGGGCUCGCAGUUCCACUCGUUCAAGAAGGUGCUCACGGAGAUGGGGCCGCCGUACGCGGCGCGACAGGAGCUCGCAUCCUUCCACUCGGUCUCCAAGGGCUUCAUGGGCGAGUGCGGCUUCCGCGGCGGCUACGUGGAGGUGGUGAACAUGGACGCCGCGGUGCAGCAGCAGAUGCAGAAGCUGAGGAGCGUGCGGCUGUGCCCGCCCACGCCGGGCCAGGUCCUGCUGGACGCGGUGCUCAGCCCGCCCGCGCCCUCAGACCCCUCCUUCGCGCAGUUCCAGGCGGAGAGGCGGGCGGUGCUGGCCGAGCUGGCGGCCAAGGCCAAGCUCACUGAACAGGUCUUCAACGAGGCUCCCGGCAUCCACUGCAACCCGGUGCAGGGCGCCAUGUACUCCUUCCCGCGCGUGCAGCUGCCCCCCCGCGCUGUGCAGCGCGCUCAGGAGCUGGGCCUGGCCCCAGACAUGUUCUUCUGCAUGCGCCUUCUGGAGGAGACUGGCAUCUGCGUGGUGCCUGGGAGCGGCUUUGGGCAGCGCGAAGGCACCUACCACUUCCGGAUGACCAUUCUGCCCCCCAUGGAAAAGUUGCGGCCCCUGCUGGAGAAGCUGAGCCAGUUCCACGCCAAGUUCACCCGCGAGUACUCCUGAGGACCCCGCUGUGGGCCCGGCCGCGCCAGCGGGCACGAACGUGGACUGACAGGGCUCAGGGCCCUGGGGGCGAUCUCCGGGGCGCUCUGCGCUUGCUCCCGGGGCCUGCGGGGCUGGGCCUCUGUCUCUCGGCGGGCCCCGAAUAAAGCUAAGACAGCUUGGCUGCUUGGAGGCCGUGUGCA